AUGGCUCAACGCUUCAUCCAUGUCUUCUCUUCGCUUCUUGUGAUUCUCGCAGCCAUUGAAGGCACCAAAGCAGUCGAGUACACCGCCACCAACUCGGCCCUCGCGACCCCCGGCGGCCUCGUGUUCCGGGACAAAAUAGGGGCCGCCUACGCCAGGCAAACAAUGAACUCUGCAACCCAGUUCAUAUGGAGGAUCUUUCGGCAGCAGAAUUCUCCUGCAGACAGAAAGAACUUGCAGAGAGUGAUCUUGCUCGUGGAAGACAUAGAUGGAGUCGCAUUUGCAAGAGGCAACGGGAUCCAUCUCAGUGCAAGGUACGUUGGAAGCUUCUCAGGAGAUCUGAAAAGGGCAGUGACGGGUGUGCUGUAUCAUGAGAUGACUCACAUAUGGCAGUGGAAUGGGAAUGGUCAGGCCAAUAGAGGGUUGAUCGAAGGGAUUGCUGAUUAUGUGAGGCUCAAAGUGUAA